CCGAUCAUCCUUUUAGUUUGGAUCACGUGCUUCUUCGUUGUCCCUUCCGCGGUGCGCGCCAUGGAUUCUACUAUGUUCAUCAUCGGCAUCAUAGGAAACAUCAUCUCGGUUUUGGUCUUCAUUUCUCCCAUCCCCACGUUCUGGAGGAUCGUGAGGAGCAAGUCGACGGAGGAGUUCGAGCCGGCGCCGUACGUGCUCACACUGCUCAACUCGCUGCUAUGGCUCUACUACGGCGUCACCAAGCCAGACGGCCUCCUCAUCGCCACGGUGAACGGGUUCGGGACAGUCAUGGAGACAAUCUAUGUCGUGCUCUUCCUCGUCUACGCCACCGAUCAUGCCACACGGGUUAAAACCGCGAAGUUGGUCGCAAUUUUGGACAUUGGGUUUUUUGGAUUUGUGUUCGCAACCACCAGAUUUGCCAUUGCCGGGCUUGACAUGAAAAUCAUGGUUAUAGGAUUGAUAUGUGUCUGCCUCAACGUGUUCAUGUAUGGGUCCCCACUCGCUGCCGUGAGAACGGUGAUCACCACAAGGAGCGUGGAGUACAUGCCAUUCUUCCUGUCCUUCUUCCUCUUCCUCAACGGGGGCGUCUGGGCUACGUAUGCCAUACUCGACAGAGACAUCUUCCUUGGAGUCCCAAAUGGAAUAGGCUUCUUCUUGGGCAUCAUCCAGCUGGGUAUCUAUGCCUUCUACCAGAACAGUAGGGAUGAAGCCCCAGAAGAAGGAUGGCAGGCUUCUUCGGUUUCUCUUUUGGCCCCCCAUGCAAAUGGUCAUGGCGAGAACAAUGUUUCCAUUGGUGUUUAAUUAGCAUGUCUGGAUGGUGUGUUUUUUCGAAAAUGGAAGUAUUUGCGCAUGGUAUGCAUAAUUAUUUUUGUUUGCUUAAUUUUCUGUAAAUUUUCUUUCAUGAAUGGGAACAUGAAUAGAAACCGUGUCGACGUC